CCCUGCCUCCGGUCGCUAAUCAUCAUGGUUGUCGUGGGCAAGCAACGCGAGGAGGAUUUCGGCGAGCCAGUCCUGGCCAAUUUGCUGGCAUCCGAUCGGACCCCGUGGUAUAAGAAACAUAAUUUGCGAAACCUUUACUUCGUUUUGUUCCCUGCCUGUAUGGGGAUUGAGAUCACGUCAGGCUUUGACUCUCAGAUCAUCAACACGGUGCAGAUUGCAGACUUUGGUCACCCUACCGGCGAAUUUGAGGAUGGACGAGAAGUGUAUGAGAUUGAGCCGAACAUCAAGGGGUUCCUGGCAGCGGCAUAUUCUCUGGGUGCUAUCAUCUCGCUGCCGUUUAUCCCGUUUGUGAACAAAUUUCUGGGACGACGGUGGACCAUCAUGUUUGGCUCGUGCAUCAGUCUGGUGGGCGCUCUGAUCCAGGGUUUCUCUAACGGAAUAGUUGGAAUGUACAUUGUAGCACGAAUCCUGCUGGGGUUCGGCAUCCCCUUCUGCAUUGUCGCCGGGUCCUCGCUGAUCGGAGAGCUGGGUUAUCCCAAGGAGCGACCCAUCCUGACCUCGCUGUUCAACUCAUCCUACUUCAUCGGUCAGAUCACCGCUGCUGCCGUGGGUUUGGGCACAGUCACCAUUCCUUCUGACUGGGCGUGGCGGAUCCCAUCGCUCCUGCAGAUUGCACCGGCCAUGGUCCAGGUCUGCACCGUUCUAUUCCUCCCCGAGAGCCCCCGAUACUUGAUUAGUAAAGACCGACGAGAGGAGGCGUUCGAUAUUCUUGUUAAAUACCACGCUGAAGGGGAUCGCAACUCGGUGAUCGUGAGAACAGAGAUUGCCCAGAUCGAGCGCACAAUUAAGAUGGAACUGGAGGAUGCCAAGCAGAACUGGUGGGACAUGUUCAAAACGUCUGGUAUGCGGCGUCGUCUGCUCAUCUCUGCAUUCCUCGGACUGUUCACGCAGUGGUCGGGAAACACCCUGAUCUCGUACUAUCUGAGUGACCUGCUGAACAUGGUGGAUAUUACCGACAGUGUUGUCAAGUCUAAGAUCAACAUCGGGAUUGCCUGCUGGGGGCUUGUUUGCGGCACGACGCUGGCACUGACGGUCCCACGGUUCAAGCGACGAACAAUGUACCUCACCUGUGCUUCGUCCUUGCUCUGUGUAUACAUCGCGUGGACGAUCUCCAUGGAAAGAUUCAUGAGCACACAGGCCAAAUCCGCAGCGAUCUUGACCAUUUUCUUUAUCUUCGCAUACUCGCCUGCGUACAACCUGGGCUAUAAUGCUCUGACUUACACGUAUCUGAUUGAGAUCUUCCCCUACACUGGUCGCUCGCAAGGUCUCUCCUGGUUCCAGUUCUACGGACGUGGUGCGGGAUUCUUCGCGACCUACGUCAAUCCCGUCGGUCUGUCUCGGAUUGCCUGGAAAUGGCUCAUUGUGUACUGCUGUUGGUUGGGCUUUGAGCUUGUUUUUAUAUAUUUCUUCUUUCCAGAGACCUCGGGACGUACGUUGGAGGAGCUGUCAUUCAUGUUCGAGGGCAAGGAGAAAGCCAACGAGGUCGCCGCCGCUGGUUAUCAGCAGAAGGAUGAUGAAUUUGAAAGAAAGGAAAGCACUGCUCAUGUGGAGAUUCGAGAGGACACGAAGCAUUCUGUCUAAUAAUGCAGCGUGGGUCAAUAGUCGGUGUUUAUGGCUGCACUGAUUCCUUUGAGAUUGAUAUUUCCAAACGAUUUAUGAUCACCAUUUGUUUUGCCUUCGCUUCCAAGCUCUUCCGAUAAAUAUGUAUGUGGCUGAUGUGGUGUUGCGAAAGCCCAACGAGUGCGGGUAGUCGAGCACGCGAUUUAACGCACAUGGGAAGACCAAGCCCUCUCAUGGAAGGUGCUAAAGGCCAGCAGCUAUAAUGAUGUCUGACGGAAGAUUCAGGGUUGGUGGAAGUUCU